CUCUCAACCCAGCCGUAGCCACACGCGCGUGCAAUCCGUCGGCCGGUCUGUCUGUCUGUCUGUCUGUCAAUUCGGCCACUCCCACACACACACACGCACACACGCACACACACACACACACAAAGAAGUGCGUGAGACUGCGUGCGGAGUGAAGGAAUACCGUGACACACACACACACGCACGCACGCACACGCCUACUCAAAAACAAACACACACACACACACAUACACACACACACGUUGUCACACACACACGCACGCACACACGCACACACACACACACCCCUAGGAAAUAUGGGAGAGGAAGCUACCCCCUCUCUCCCCCCUCUACCCCCUCAGUGAGAGAGAGAAAAAGAGAGAGAGAGAGAGAGAAAGAGAGGGAGGAAAGAGAGAGAGAGAGAUGGAGGAGAAGCGAAGAAGACUCCUCCCCCUUCCCUUCCCUCCCCUCUCCCUAUGUCUGAUGGUUACGAUGAUUCAAGGCGUCUCCUCGGUGGACCUACACUUCCAAAACCCAGACAGCGGCUUCUUCCUGCGGCCCGAGGACAGUGGCCACGCCCCGUCCGUGGUUGGGGGAAUGGGCGCGGACGGCGGUGUGCUGGACGUCGAAAGGUUCACCGUACUCGACCCCACACGCCCCGCCUUGAUCCGUGCCACCUACGGCCCCUUCAGCACCAAGCAAACAGUCCCUGCUCGCUACGUCCUGCCGGAGUUCCCUGACGAUGAGCCCAACGCCACGAAGCUUGAACAAGAGGCGGCAUUCACCAACCACAUCCCACCGGUGCCACACCAGCUCGAAGUCUCCGCGCAUCUGGUCAACAAGGUGGUCUCACGUGCCCAGCCAGCUCUUAGGGUCUUGGUACACGGCGCAGGGGCUAGAGGGCAUCACUCACCACAUGUCUGCGUCACGGUCAUAGCCAGGCACUCUCUGGACGCGCUCUCAGCCUCUUGCACGCCAACCGGAGCAGGAGAAACCGGUGGAGACGCAACCUGUCUCGUGACCUUAGCAAUCCCAUCCCGUUGGUGGCCGCCACACACUCGCGCCACUGUCAAAAUCCCUCGUGUGGCGGUCCAAGUGUCCUAUCUGGUCGGGACUGCGCCUGGACCGAGCGAGUGUGUGUCUAGGGAUGCUGGGAGUCCUAAUCUCGGCGGUCCCAGAGUCACGGUCCAGCCAGAAACGGGGGUCGGUGAGGUGGUACUGACCCUGGACUCUCACGGCUACGAGGAAUUGUCAACUGAUUCUCUGGUACAUGUUCUGGUCCCCCGUGCCCCGCUCCACCCUGGGACUACAAUCCAUGCCCCCCUGUACCUGCACCCCCCUGGAAACCUGCCCGCUGUGGUGCUGGUCCUGAGAUGCAAGGCGCGGGGAGGCGUGAGAGUGGCCGGCGUGGAGUCCUCUUCGUCCGCCUGGAACCUGACCGUCGACGUCAACUCUCGCCGCAGCACAGCCUCGGUCACGGCCAUGCUCACGGAGACGCCCACAAACGACACUCUACACAGCCUGGGGCUCCACGAGGUGCUGUCCUGGGUGCUGGAGGUCCCGGAACACGUGGGGGCCGGCGAGGCAAAGAUCACCUGGUCUCUGCGGUACCUCAUGGACGCCCACCGCAGGGAAACCUUCUCCGGCGCCGACACGCCCAAGAUGACGGCCCGACUCACCAUACUGAAAGACGACAUCCAAGCGGUCCUGCCCAUUGCCAAGAGCUGGUCCAUCGUGAACACCGCGGUGCUGACGGGCCGCCAAGUGUCCCGCGCCAUGAAGGUGCUCAUCGUGUCCCAGGCGGGCAAGGUGGCCGACGUGACGCUCCAGUCCUCCUGCAACUGUACUGACGAGGCGGCUCUCAAGGUAUCCACAUCCUGCACCUCGGUCUACCUGGACGGCUCAGAGGUCCGCGGAAGCCACAACGCAACAGUGGUGGCUCGCUACGACAUACUGACCGGAGCCGCCGCCUUCACCGUCUGGAUGCCUGAUCUACCCCUCACAGUUCACGUUGAGGACCCGAAGCUCUCACAGAUCCGCGGGUGGCGCUCUCCAGACCCCGCCACCACCGCCACCUACACCGUCAAGAGGAACCAUAACGGCGCUUCUUCCUCCUCUUCCUCUUCCUCCUCCUCCUCCUCCUCGGUUGUGAUUGGCGCAAGAAGAGACUCGACCCAUGCUGAAAAUUCUGUGGCCCCACCUUGUUCGGUCCGGUACCAGCAGACCCCGGUACAGGUGUACGGUCGUUUCGUGGCGGUGGAUGACAACAGCGGGCGCCAAUCCUACCUGUUGUCGCGAAGAGCUCAGGUGAGAGUGACGGAACUCGUGGCCCAUCUGCUGCGCGUGGCCGACACCUCCGUGGCUGUGCUCGAUCAUACCACACUUAUGGGUCGCUCUCCGGGGCGUACCGAGGUCCAGGUGUUGUCUCCCAUCACGGGGCGGGUCAUCGGAGCACGCGAGGUCAAGGUUGGGUCAGACAAGGUUUGGGUCAGUCGCCUUAGAGCAGCUGUCAUCUCCGGCCUGACCCUGAGCCUGCAGCCUGACACACACCUCCCCGAUGGCUACUCUGCGAUCACGGCUGUCACCCCUACACUGACGGCCAAGUACCAGGAAGGACUGGUGGACGUCUGGGUUGAGAUGAGCGAUGGCGUAAUAACUCCACUCCGCGAAGUCCCCCCGCCACACUACUCCCUUCGUAUCAGAUCCCUGGAUGCUGAAGUGGUCGCUGUCGCCCCCUCCCCCCGCACCGCCCAGCCAAGAGUCAUCGCUAUCGGGCACGGCGCUGGCGACUUGCUGGAGGUGAGUCUGGAGGUGUCUGAGACGUGCGAGCAACGGCGAGCGGCUUUGGCCACUACGAAGGUUCAUGUGAAGAUCGAUCUGGGUACCACACCUCCCCCCCCGCCGCCGCCGCCCCCUCCAGCGCCCCAAGCAGCAGGAGGCAACGGCUUGGUCCACCCAGACGGCCCCGGCUCCCCUAACCACGAAGACCACAAGCUGAAGGUCCACGUUUCUGAGCUUCCCCACGCAGACGCCGCCGCCCCCCACAAUCACCUCAUGUUGAUGGCCGAGCAGCCCCCCCGCGCCCCCCCAGCCCACGCCCGCCUGCACCCACCGCGCGGGGGGGGCGUCACUCCCCUAGAGGUUGGGAUGUACGUGUUACUGGCGGUCUUCGGGGCGGCCAUCGUAAUUUUCGCAGCAUCUUAUGUUGUGUACACCUGGAACAUCCACGGGGGGGGCAAGGUGCGCCGCCCCCCCGCCCCCCUCUCCUCGCUCACCCCCAGCCAGGAUUCGGUCACCAACGCACAUGACUGGGUUUGGUUGGGACGUGCCACUUUGGAACGGGCGUCUGGGGUCGGGAUCUCCCCCCCUCAUCCACCCCAGGGGCAGUUUGGGGGUGGGUCUCUACUCAUGAGUGACCUGAACGGCAACACCCCACCUCUUGCACCCCCCGUCGGCGCACCCCAGCAGCAGAGAGCAUCCUGGAGGAGCCCCGAACGUGACACCCCACUCAACAUCACCGCGAACCCAGUCUCCGAGCCUGAGCCCCCCGUCGUCCCUCCCUCCGCCCCCCCAGCCGCCCCCGCAUCACUCUCCGGAGGCACCACCUUCACCCGCCCCCCCAGAAACCUCCGCCGCGUUACCUUCACCCACCCAGAAGGGGACGACGCCCCCAGCAGCGAGGAUGACCGCCCCCCAGUGCCACCCCAUCGAAACAUCGGUGUCACGACUCACCCCCCACCGCAUGAGGGCACGGACUCCCCCCCACCACCUCCUGUCCCCCCACACGGCGUCCACAUCAUCAAUAACCCCCUGGAUGACCCCCACCGGGCUCGCCAACCCCCCACAGCCCCCCGAACCGCCCCCCAGAGCAUCACAUCCCCAGAGAUUGAUACGAGGUUUGUGGAGGUUAACGCGGAGGACUUCGUGAGGUUGCGAGGGGGUUGCAGAGGCCGUGGGGGUGAGGUCAGGCGUGCCACCAUCAUGGAAACCCCCCUCCUGUCAGCCCACCGCCCCGACAACCUCACGCACCUCACUCCCCCCCCGCACCACCUUGAUAACCUCCCCACGAUGGAUUACGACCAGCUGAUGGCUUAUUUCUCAAACCUGAAGGAGUCGAAUGCCUGAACCUAACCUAACCUAACCUAACCCCACUCUGGCACCCUUC